AGCUCAGAAAUCCAGGACUACGGUGCAGAUGAAGAGUGGGAGGCAUUCAGUAAUCCUGACGGUCAAAAAAAGAAGCCGGUCGUAGUUCCAGAGCAAGCUGGAAUCUUGCCCACGUCCAUAUCCAUGCCAACUCCUACAACGCUCUCUCCAGAAAUCGAUGCAAUACCCAUUGAGGCGAUGACCUCUUCAGGAGAAGAUGAGAAGGCUACGACGAUGACAAUGCAAAAAUCAUCUCCUAUAGUGAUAGAAGAAAAUCUGGCUGAAUCGUUGUCAGAUGUGUCAUUUGGUUCGGAAGAAGGGCAGGUACAAGAGCGGACGACAACAAUCGCAACCACCACAACAGCCGCAGCCAACUUCAACGAAGAUUUCAAGACAGCUGUAAAAGAACAGCAGGAAGAGAUACUUAGAUCAAGGAAGAAACAGCAGAAGGAGAAGAAGAAAGGAAAAGAGGCUAGUGAAGCCACGGAAGAAAAGGAAAAGAGCGAGGAAAGGAAAGGUCCAAAAAAGCAAUCCCAUAGUGUCGAUGAAGGCAAGGUUGAAGAUCAGGUUGAGAACGAACCAUCUGGUGCUGGAGGGCAAAUCGAUGACGGUUCUGAUGAAUUAUCCACAGCAAUACCAGACUACUCGGUAGAAACCAAAAGGCAAUGGAAAAAGAAGCAGGAGGAAGAUGAAAAUGAAAACGUGAUCAGUGACGAAGUGGAGGAACCGAUGGAAGUGACGACGACCGAACCUGAAGAUAGCAGUAGCGAUGAGGAGGAAACGGAAAGAGAGAUUGAAAAGAAAAAGCUGGAGAAAAAGCGUAGAAAGAAGGGGAAACGAACGGAAACUGAAGAUGAAAUAGAAGAAGGCAGCAGCACUCCAAAAGCACCCACACCACCUAUAAGAAUAGGAGGAUAUGAUGCCAAUAUUCGUACUGAUGAUAUCAAAGCAAGUUUGAAAGACGCUCCGAAUGCCAAGUACUACUACCCGCCCAAAGUUAUGGUACCGCUACCGUCAUGCUUCUACAAUCCAUCAGGAUACGUCUGCUGCAAUCUGCAACUGAACAAUCUUAUUGAGGAUACGUUCGAAACGGUAAAGAACGUGCAAGGCUACAGCGCAUGUAAUAUCGCACGAAUGGCCAACAUCAUUCAGCAAAAAAGCGAGGAGAUGUUUGGCCAUCCUUUCGAGAGUGUUGUCGCUUUGUCGGAUUUCGCCCAAAAUGUUCACUUUGCUGGCGAUUUGGUUUGUAAAGUGGAGAUCGACGGC